AGCCGACGUUGACGCUACGAUGACGAUUUAGCUGGGUCUAAAAUUGUGAAUACCACAUGCCCUGCAUUUAUGAUAUAUCUUGGAGCAGCCAACUUGGCGUCAACUAUAGUUGUAAAAGACUGUACAACAGACGUAAUGUUAUAAAGCUUUUUGGGUCUUGACUGUAAAAAAGAUCAUUCUGGGUCUAUAACAAAAUUAUUAUUGUGUGAAUUGUCUUGACUGGAACGAUAACGGAACCCUUCUAGCCUCAAAGUCAGCAUAUUAUGAUCACUAUGAAGCUAGUUACGCUUGGUACUCCACCUUCUCAAAACAUAUGUGGAGUAAAAUUUUUUCCCUAAAAUAUAAGUUACAGAGAGUAAAAAUAUUAAAGGACAAUAUAUUUUUUUCUCAUUCUUCAGAAUAACUAUUUAGGAAGUUGCGCAGCAAAUAGAAUAGUUAUAAUAUAUGACAUAGCAGAGCAACUGGAAGUGCAGUUAACCAGAACACGAGGGCAGGGUGAAGAGAUGCUUGGAGUUGUUCCUAAGUAUUCAAACUCUUUGAUAUCUUGAGUGAAGACGGAACUAUUCUACAUCUCGAUUAUCGCUCCCAGGAUGUGUACUCUUGUAAAUUUAAGAAAUACUCAUAAUCCCAACUUAAACUGCAAAAACCUCUAGCGUACCAGUGUUUUUAACCAAAGCGAAGUGCAUCAACAGUUACAAGUCCGAUCCUAUCUACUUGGCAGUUGGUAAAGAAAUAUAUAUUACUAAGAUUAAUAACAGUAUGUACUUUGUACUUUGCUUCCUGUUAAAUAUUAAAAAAGUCGUUAAAGUCUACGAGCGACGAUUUAUUUGCGAUGCUCUUAGUAAGGGAUAGUACCUUUACUAUUAUUGGUCUCUACUCUAGGUUUUGUUAUAAAUAGACCCGUUAGAAACCUUUUUACCUCUGUAAGUUAUUAAGAACCAUCUGAGGAAUGAGAGGCCUUGUGGCAGAAGUGGGAGGCGUUGGCGUUUCUAAGUUCUUUUCUAAAGGUUUUGUGUCACGUGCGUUUGCUUUUUAGAUUGUGGUAAAGAGCUUCUUUGCAGCUACGGAAAAACGUCCCAGUACUGAGUCUACUUGUGGAUUUUAGCUACGGAAAGAAGAGCAAUGCUGAGAAUGCUGGUUGUUUGUAUAGCGCCUCCUCAUACUGAGUGCUUCGGUGUUCCGCGACAGCUGGUGAUGGCGCUGUCCAAAACCAGCUUAUCUCAAGAACAAGAAAGCUGGCGAACAACAAGCACAAUUAUUCGCUUCCUAUCCACCUGUACAGAACCACCACUCUUCGCAGAAGAAGUGGAGAGGAGACUGCUUGGCUGCUCUACUGGAUUUCCUGAAAGCAAAUGCCCCCACAGUUCCCGAAGUUACGUGAGAUUAACGGAAAGUCUCUUCGAACUCGACUUAUUACAAGAAGGCCUAUUUGCGGCGGAUAUUGCUCCACAUAACUAUCAUAAUAGAGCUGAAUUGAUACUUCGGCUAAGAUGAAGAAAUGCCUUCUGAGUCCCCCGGAAAAGAGGGAAGGCAAACAUAAACAAAACGGUGAUAGCGGUAAUAGGUUAGCUAACUUAGAAAACGCCGGGCGAGGAGCUAAUCCAAAAAAGACAACCGCCGCGAGUUUAUAUCCGCCCAUCAAAGGGCCUCGAGCGCCACCGCCAGCUGCGCUGAGGCUGAAGAUAACACCUCUGACGACGAAGGGAAUAGCGAAGAAACCAGAUGAAGAGGAGCAAAUAGGCAAUAAUCAUUGCGCGUUUGGCAAGUGCUUUUUGUGGCGUUCUCUCUCUGCUCCCGAAGGCCAGAUAUUUCUGCCACUGCAACGUCGACCCGACAUAAAGCAAGCGUUGUUCUUCGAAGGCUGGGGGUUAUGGGUGAGCAAUGACGAUGAGCGCAUGUUUAUGUGGACCAAGGCCCCGCCGUGCCUCCUUAACUGUACACAUGUAUCCUGCUUCUCUACUAGGAAACUGGACUCCUGCUGGGUGUAGUUAAGCCAUCAGCGGAGGGUCUGCUCACUGACUACUGGGGAGUAUACCUUUUAUAUUUUCUGCUGUGAAGAUAUCGAGAGUAAUGUUAAGUUUUCGCGUCCCAGCGGUCGAAUUUAGAACGUCAGAAUUGUCUUAUAUCUGCAACCAGAAUCGAGGUCAUCACAAAAAAGCUUUGGGAAAACGCAAUCAGAUUUAUUAGUUUCUUGUGCAGGAUAGUACAGGAGGUGCUAUUAUUGAUGUCUUCACCGUUACUUUAGUUUGUUAAUUUUAUAGAAUCUACAGGAUAGGAAAAAUCUUCAUUGAAAGGAUUUAAGUAGCUUACAAAAAAAACUUUUACGACUAAUGCCCCCCAGACACGAAUCUACAACAAGGACUAAUAAAUGUCACGCACUCCGAAGAAAACCACGAACACAUAGACACGCGCCAAGUAAAGUGAGUAUAAAAAAUUCAUAUGAUUAACCAUUUUUAGUAAUAGCAACGGUAUGCGUGGAGCGCUUGCCUAU